AUGAAGACAGUUAAUUUCUAUAUCCUGUUACUUUGCUGGAAAACAGUAUACUCCAAUCAUUGUGUGCUGUCCAAUGUUACAAUAGCAGUGGAGAAGGAGGAAUGCGGGUUUUGCAUCAGUGUGAAUGCGACUUCAUGCUCCGGUUACUGUUACACAAAGGAUCCCCCUUUUAAGUACUCCCGAAAUAAACAUGUUCAGAAUGUCUGCACAUUCAAGGAGAUUGUGUACGAGACUGUAAAGAUCCCAGGAUGUGCUGGUCAUGCAGAAUCCUUUUAUUCCUAUCCAGUAGCAACAGGAUGUCACUGUGAGAUUUGUGAUGGAGGCCUCACUGACUGCAGCACCACAAACGGCUUAAAUCCGAAUUAUUGUUCCUUUGGUCAAAACCAGCUCAGAGAAUGAGAAUUGAUCAAUUUAUUCCUUGUAUUUCAUUUGUUAUAAAUACCAUCCUGAGUGUCAGAGAAAAAGAAGGUGGGUGGUUAGUACUGCUAAUGUGCACAAAGAACAUUAUAUGUUGCAUUUAUCUUCAAUGGUUUCCUUGUGGUUUCUGAUGCAAAAUGUUCAAC